CCCACCAGUGCCACCCACCUGUGCCCACCAGUGCCACCCACCAUUGCCCAUCAGUGCAGCCCAGCAGUGCUGCCAGUCAGUGCCACCAGUCAGUGCCAGCAGUGCCGGCAGUCAGUGCCCAGCAGUGAUGCCAGUCAGUGCCACCUAUCAGUGCUGUCUAUCAGUGCCACCUAUCAGUGCCGCCUAUCCGUGACACCUCAUUAGUGCUGCCUAUCCGUGCCACCUCAUUAGUGCUGCUAUCCGUGACACCUCAUUAGUGCUGCCUAUCAGUGCCGCCUAUCCGUGCCACCUCAUUAGUGCUGCCUAUCAGUGC